AUGUCUUUCGACGCGUACGGCCAGAUCCUGUGGCCAACAGACCAUAAAUACAAACUAAUACAGCUACUGGAUGACUUAGUCAAUUACAUUAAGGAGGAGAAAGGUGAGCUAACGUUCAAGUCUCCAUCAACGGCCAAAAACCACAUUGUCCUAUGCACUGAAGACGAGACUUACACUGUUCGCCAAAUGAACCACUCCAACACGAUGCUUUUGAUGAAUGACAUGAGCAUAAAUAAACUAGAAAAGACUUUCGACGGCCCAGAUUCUGCUUUGGUUGGAAUUGACCGUUUCUCCUACAUGUAUGAGCUUACAAAGCUGGAUGGAUUCAUAGACACCGAGGGUAUUGCAAGGUACCCGAGCGAUGAGAUUGAAUCCAGUAAAGCCAUGCAUGCCGUUGAAUCCGACUCGCCCAUUGAUAGACAGCAUUUCUACUCGCAGUGGUAUAGCAUCUGUGGAAGUCAGGUAGAUGGACACGCAGUGAUUCUAACGCCAAAGUUUGUCACAGAAAGCCUAUACACUUUGAUUUCGGUAUUGCUCUCGAAAAAGAAGUCCGACACUGAGUUCAAUCUCAAAGAGAUUUCACAAGCCUGUGCUGCUCAAGAUUCUGAGCUUAACAAACAUUUCGUUACGACAUUGGCACACAAGUUUGGCGAUGAGGCAUCUCCAGGUAUAUUCACUAUCAGUCACACCAAAUGCGCCUGGUGGUUUGGUAUUGAAACGAUGAAAAAGGCGUCACCGAUGCUUUUGUCCGAUAAGGACUUUAUGCUCAAAUGGAAGCUGAGUCUACCACCAUUCUUUAAUGCAUCAUUGGAUCUUUCUCUUCUACGGGGUAGCUUCUGUCGUCCUGAAUCCGGCAAGAUACGAUUUCUCGACUCAGAUAUGUUAUCGAAAGAUCUUCACACGAGAAUCAAAGAAUUGUUCCAGAUGGUCAAAGAGUGGGACUAUGAAGACUUUCUCGCAUUUAUUGAGGGUUUCAUACCACCAACUAAGAAAGCAGACUCCAUCAUUUUGAAAUUUGCAAAGAAGAAGAGACUCACAAAGAAUAAGUUUAUCAGUGGUGGAUGUGCCGGUACUAGUACCGAUCUCGCAUUCUUUCCUAUAGACACUUUAAAGACCAGACUUCAGGCUAAGGGAGGCUUCUUUGCUAACGGAGGCUGGCAUGGGAUUUACAAAGGUCUUGGUUCUGCUGUCGUGGCGCUGGCACCUUCUGCAUCGUUAUUCUUUGUUACGUAUGACACAUUGAAGACCACGACGAAGGACAAACUCCCGCAAACGGCGAGUCAUAUGCUUGCGGCUUCUGCUGGUGAAAUAGCCGCUUGUCUUGUUCGUGUCCCCGCGGAAAUUGUGAAGCAAAGAACACAGGCUGGACACAAGGGCGUUGGUGGACAGGCUACUCUGUGGGCCAACUUGAAAUACUUACUCAUGAAUAAGCUGGGAGAAGGUACCUUCCGUGGACUUUAUAGAGGCUGGAACUCGACCAUCAUGAGAGAGAUUCCCUUCACGAUGAUCCAGUUUCCCUUAUACGAGAAGCUCAAGCAGCUCUGGUCUGAGUACGACAACCAGUCAAUCUCACUCUUAAAAGGAGCUUUGUGUGGAUCUAUAGCAGGCGGAGUUGCUGCUGCUGCCACCACUCCUCUUGAUGUGGUGAAGACCCGAAUUAUGUUGAACAAGGAAAGAGUUGGAGUGUUCACAUUAGUGAGACAGAUGCUACAUGAAGAAGGCGCCAAGGUCUUCUUAAGCGGGGUUGGCCCUAGAACUGCUUGGAUAAGUGCUGGUGGAGCAAUCUUCUUGGGCUGUUACGAAUUGACGCAUUCGGUUCUAGAUGAGUACGUGAAAGAGUCGAAGGCCCUAGAAGGCUCCGGUACUAUUGCGAGGGCUACUCGUCGGCUCUCCACAACUGCGCCAGUUCGUUCUAACGCACGUUCUUUAGCCACAGCUGUUCCACCACCUCCUGAGGUGGCAAUAGCCCCUGAAGGCUCCCUGAUAUCUUUAAAGCUGGCCACAAGAGAUGACGCUCAGUUUGGUACCAGACCUAUUUAUUUGGACGUACAGGCUACCACACCAACGGACCCUCGUGUCUUGGAUAAGAUGUUGCAGUUCUACACGGGCUUGUACGGAAACCCACACUCAUCGACCCAUGCUUACGGUUGGGAAACAGAAAAAGAAGUUGAGAAGGCUCGUGGUUACAUUGCUGAUUUGAUUAAUGCUGACCCUAAGGAGAUUAUUUUCACUUCCGGUGCCACAGAGUCGAACAACAUGUGCAUCAAGGGUGUGCCCAGAUUCUACAAGAAGACCAAGAAGCAUAUCAUCACCACACAGACUGAACACAAGUGUGUCUUGGACUCUGCUAGACAUAUGCAAGAUGAGGGUUUCGAAGUUACUUACUUGCCAGUCACCAAUGAGGGUUUGAUCAACUUGGAUGACUUGAAGAAGGCUAUCAGGAAAGACACUGCUAUUGUUUCCAUCAUGGCUGUUAAUAAUGAGAUUGGUGUUAUUCAGCCUCUCAAGGAGAUUGGUAAGAUCUGCAGAGAAAACAAGAUUUUCUUCCACACUGAUGCCGCCCAGGCUUACGGUAAGAUUCCUAUUGACGUCAAUGAGAUGAACAUCGACAUGUUGUCCAUUUCUUCGCACAAGAUUUACGGUCCAAAGGGUAUUGGUGCUUGUUAUGUGAGAAGACGCCCCAGAGUCAGAUUGGAUCCUAUCAUCACUGGUGGUGGUCAGGAGAGAGGUUUGAGAUCUGGUACAUUGGCUCCACCUUUGGUGUGUGGUUUCGGUGAAGCCGCCAGACUCAUGAAGCAAGACAUGGCCUACGAUCAGGCCUACAUCAAGAGACUCUCCACCAAAUUGAGAGACGGCUUGUUGUCUAUUCCAGAAACCCAGUUCAAUGGUGUUUUGUCUGAUCCUUCCAAGCAGUACGCUGGUUGUGUCAACGUUUCUUUCGCCUACAUCGAAGGUGAGUCCUUGCUUAUGGCCUUGAAAGACAUUGCCCUUUCUUCUGGUUCCGCAUGUACAUCCGCAUCUUUGGAGCCAUCUUAUGUGUUGCACGCCUUGGGCGCCGAUGACGCCUUGGCCCACUCUUCCAUCAGAUUCGGUAUUGGUCGUUUCACUACGGAAGCGGAGAUCGACUAUGUUGUCCGUGCCAUUAACGAGAGAGUGGAUUUCUUGAGAAAGAUGUCCCCAUUAUGGGAGAUGGUGCAAGAGGGUAUUGACUUGAACACCAUCGAAUGGAGUGGCCACUAA